UGACGUUUGUGGCAGUCGAAUAGUUUGUUUACGUGUCGACCGGUCGAUAUUUUUGCAUGAAUUAGCCAAUUUUUCCUCGACCGAGCUAAAGAAAUCGGAUCAAAGAACACACUGCGUUGCCACACAGCAAGCCAUGGCAUCGAAAUUAGAAAUAAAUAUCCGCAGCUUAAUAGCACAGUGCGAAGAGAUCGUUGCCGUGGACAAACAGGACUGGCGGCUGAAAAAGUACAUCCGAUCGCUGGACAUCAUGAUUGAGGAGCUGGGCGAACAGGAGCUAGAGGCAUCGGAAGAGAAGCUCGUCGAAGGGUACCGGAAUAAGUGCACCGAACUGAAACAGGCCUCCAACUACGUUGAACCAUCGGCCGAAGAAAAGCGACGACUCCGGAUGAAACCGCGAGCCACAGAACCGCUCGGGGACGAUGUGAUGCGCGAGGUGCGCCAGGUUCAAAAUCAAAUGUUCGAAAAAGAGCUACGCAGUGAGCUGUUCAAUGGAAACUUUUCCACGAUACGAAGGCGAGCCGGGCAGAAGGUGGCAGAAAAUCUGGAACAGACGGUCAAGCAAUACUCAACCGAGCAGGAAAAGCUUGCGGAAGAUAUGCUACGGUUAACGCGGAAUUUGAAGGAACAGACGGAAACUGCCAAUAAGAUUCUAAAGAAAGACACCGAGAUCGUCUCGAAGUCAGCCAAGCUAUCGGACCAAAACACUUCAUCGCUUACGACGGAAUCAUCCAAACUUCAGGAAAACUCAAAGAAAGCGUGCAAAUGUUGGAUGUGGUUGAUGAUAGUGUUCGUUAUAGUGACAUUCAUAUUUAUGGUAAUGUUUAUGAAAAUAAUGAAAAAGCGAGUGUACUAAAGGCUGUAUCGACGGUGGAACAAAAACCUUGGUUACGGGGACACAAAACGGGCAAGAAAAGACAACGACAUCAAAGCAGGCUGCUACUUUCCUCCCCAAUCACUGUGUGUGCGUGCGUGUGUACGGUUGCUUUGAUCGGUCGCUUAGGAGUAAAUCUUUGAUAAGGAGGCGUGUUUUUGUUGAUCAGUAUCUGCAUUUUUGUUUGUUGUAAAUUUUGGCUUUAUUGAAGAGUAUGAAUAAUAUACAAAACUAGAAUCCUUUUUUCUUUUGUAAAAAACUU